AUGUCGAAGAAGUCGACGUUCACGACCAUCUCGCCGCUGCCGGCGGGGGUGUCGCGGGAGGUGGUGAUCGAGUUCCUGCACAACCACGUGGAGAUGAUCGACCUCAACCCCCUCGUGAUCGAGCGGCACCCGAUCGCGCCGCCGCCGCACGCGCCCCCCGAGGAGCAGGCCUGCGUCUGGUGGAGCAUGACCGACAAGAUCUCCUACCUCCCCGGCGGCGUCGUCACCGGCGACAUCACCUACUCCGCCGCCUUCAACGACCUUCCCAACGGCGUCCAGACCCACUGCUACGCCCCCAUGGGCACCGACAUCCGCGAGCGCUGGAGCCUCGGCGGCACUCUCCCCGGCGAGCCCCUCGAACCCGUCGAGCUCGGCAUCGGCGCGCCGCGCCAGGGGCUCUACCUACGCGAAGAUGUCGAGCUCCGGUGCAACUUCGUCAUGUCGUCCUUCGUCAAGAAGACGCUCAAGAAGGCCCACGGGACGCUCGUCGACCGGCUGCUGCAGAAAUCCAAGGCCGCGAGCGAAGCUGCUGCCGCCGCUGCCGCUGCCGCUGCCGCUGCGACCGCGACUACCAGCAACAGCAACGGCGUAGCCGCCGGCGGUACCGGCACCGGUGCUGGCGCCCGGCCGAUCCUCGAGCACCACUUCCACCACCGCACGGUCUCGUCGCCCGACGGCACGAGCCUGUACAGCAGCGGGAGCAUCCAUUCGAGCCACUUCGCGAACCCGACCGUCUCCACGUCGCCCACGUACACGUCGCCCAGCGGCCCGCAGUUCGGUGAGGACGGCAGCGGCAGCCGCGGGUCGCCGUACGGCCACCACCCCAGCCUGAGCCUCGGGAGCAGCGGCUUCGCGCCCGAGCCGCUGCGCGUGAACAAGACGUGGGCGCGGCACUCGGCGCCCCAGUCCCAGUCCCAGUCCCAGCCCCCGCGCCACCAGCACAGCGCCAGCGUGUCGAGCGACAAGGGCCCGCGCGGCGGCCGCGCGUACGCCCCGCCGGGGCAAAAGGACUUCAUCGCGGAGCUGGAGUAA